UCUUUCUUUCUUUAUUAUUCAUUUUCAUGCAAUUGAAAACAAUGUUGGAAUGGAAAUGGGAAGGAAUAUUCCGGUGAGGUUCGAGAGGUUAGCCGCGGCGUUUGAGAGUAACGAGGUGGCGCGUGUGAGGCUCUGUGAAAGCAGUGGAAGUGAACACUCACCAGAAAACUCAACUGAUUUAUCAGAUCUUGUGAAAUCUUUCAUGGAGAAGAAUUCUGUUAGAGGAGAAGAAGAUGCAGUUGUUCAUGAUAAGGAGGAUUGGGACUUUGAGUGGAAUGAUUAUUCCGAGAAAAAAGAGAUACUGCAACAGAUUUUUGUUGCUGCAGAUGAUGAAGUGAAACAAAAGAUUAAAAGAGAAGCUGAGCUUGCAAUUCAACUUGUUGCUGGAGACAAGACUUUGCCUGAAUUCAAACGCCUCGUCAUGGCACGCUUGCGGGAGAGAGGUUUUGAUGCCGGGCUUUGCAAAACUAGGUGGGAAAGAAAAGGAAGAUUUCCAGCGGGUGACUAUGAGUACAUCGAUGUGAAUUAUGAAGGAAAUCGAUACAUUGUUGAAACAUCCCUAAUGACCGAAUUCGAAAUAGCCCGUCCUACAAAUCAAUAUAGUUCUUUACUUGAUGUUUUCCCUUUAGUAUUUGUUGGUAAAGUGGAAGAGAUAAAAAAGGUUGUGAGGCUUAUGUGUUCUGCUAUUAAGGACUCAAUGAAAACCAUGGAUAUGCAUAUACCUCCAUGGAGAAGAAAUAGCUAUAUGCAAGCUAAGUGGUUCAGUCUUUACAAGAGAACAACUAAUGAGGUUGCAGCUAGAAAGUUCAAUAUUGGAUUUGAAGCAAGGCCUUUGAAACCAUACAAUAAUUGCAGGGAUGAUUUUGGCAGCAAAGUUGCUUUCAAAGUUGGUCAUUUGACUACUGCAUUUAAUUUAGAUGGCAUUGGGAUGAAUUUAUAAUUAUAGCCAUAUUGAACAAGUAGUAUGUACAUAAAAGUUAUUUUUUCCUUCGGAUCAUUAAGUCUAACCCCUUGGCAUAAGGCAUAGAGGUGCUUCAGCACA